AUGAUGAUGCAAUCGAAACCGCCAUCCGUCAGUACUGAAAGCGGUCCCGAACCUGUCAGAGCGUCUAUGGUUCGUGCUGGCCAUCGGACACGGCACUGGCGACCUAGAACAGUGACUGUGCAAUCAGGAGGUGUCUUCAGAGUCCGUUGGGGAUCUAGAACAAUUGUCAUAGACCUUGUGAUCCUGCGCAUCCUCGGGUUGAGCCAUGGGGAUAGCAGCCUGUCAAUGAACCAGACCCGGCGGCUGCAAAGGACCGCUGUCCAACUUCUAUACGAACAGAACCCCUCGCCCACGACUGGAGAAAGUAUCAUCUUGCCUGGAUAUACAUUCAAUCUCGCCUGUCGAAGGGUACUGCUAGUGGCAAUGGACUUUAUCGAGAUCUGCGAGGUGUUCGGGGGAUCCAUACUCCCGGACGAGUUUCGUGGUAACUAUGAGGACGCGGACCGUCAUAUCGCGGCUCUUGAGCAAGAGAUUAUCGCAGGACCAAGUUCAACAACUGCGAGAGCGAGAACGACCCUUCUGCGAGCCAUUUACUACACGCUUUCAGGAGACUUCAGGAGGGCUUAUGAAUUUAUACAUACCCUUCAAGGCUUGCAACAUCGAGGGCUAGAGCGGAUUUGGGUGCUCCGUGGGCAAUUGUACGAAUUUUACGCUGCCAUGCUGGAGCAUCGACCAACAGCUAUUGCGUUUGCGAUGAUCCCUGGGGAUCCGUACGCAAGGUUGUGGAAGGACGAUUCUGAAGUGGUGACUCUGCACGUACAGGCCAGAGAGGCUGGACGAGCCAUAUGUGUUGCCGAAUGUACAACCGUGGUCGAGAGACUAGAACAGGCCGUGAUUCUGGACGUAUGGUCUUUCCUGGAUACUUUGCACUUUUCCUACCUUGAACACCGUGAUUUCACACCACUUGUUACCGCGGAGUCUCUACCACAAGGCCAGGAACGGAACCUGGAGUUCCUGAAUUUCCCAGUUCCAUAUUUGUCCGGGACGCUGGCAAGCGACAUGAGUCAUGCAGGGAAUUCAACGUUCCAGAAUCUCUUGCAGAGAAUGUCCAACGAUAUUGAAAGGGCGAAGGGAGCCUCAAGUGAUCACCAGGCGUUUUCCCACCUCCGAGUCGAAUAUGAAAAUGCUCUGGACUAUGCGGGGCUGGGCCUGUGCAGAAUAAAUGAAGGCGAUCGCAUACUAUCACCCUCAUACACGAGCCCUGUAGCGUUUAAUUUGAUGUGUGAGUUGCGCGACACUGGGUGGGAAAAUAUGGCAUGGGACUCACUAGAGUCAACGUUUCGAUUGGAGGAUAACGAGCAGGCUCAUAGGCGCUAUGAUGAAGCUCUUUUUUAUAUGGAGGCUGCGUGUGCCCCAAGAGGUCAAGCCGCUGUCUCCCUGCGCAGGGGGUGCGUGAAUCAUGCAGCAGGAAUCCGAUAUCAGGCGGGACCUGACUGCGCCCAGUUCAAACAGGCUGAGGAAAAUUUCACAACAGCACUCAGCCUUUUCGCCAACGACACUUUUAACCAACAGCUGAUUACCUGUCAUCUCGCUUUACUUAACUGUAGCCGUGGACAGACUAAAUCCGCUGUGGAGAUAGCAAGACGCCUAGGGACCGAGUUGCGCGAAGCGCAAAGCUCCAAACUCUCCCACUUCCUUGGGACAUUGAUACUUCGAUUUGCUCACUUCCAGUUCGUGCAGCACAAGAACACUAGGGUGGCUACUGCUUGUUGUGAAUGUGCCGCUGUCUACCACGAGGCAUUGGAGAGUCCUCUAGGUUCCCUUUUUACAGCGGAAGCAUUUAUUACACUGUUCAGGCAAACACAUAACUGGACGCUCGCGCAGGCAAAUGUCAGAGAGCAUAAAGCCCUCUGGAGUUAUACACCGCGCAUUCGCAUACAUCGACGACAGAAUUCGCUCCUCCUCGAGUUCGACAGAUUGGUCCAAUCCGUCUGUUCGAUGACUGGCGAUGAGAAUCUACGUUCGCAGUGGGAGGAAGUACGCCGGGGCCUUCAGCCAAAUGAGCCACAGGGGAGUUCUGGUUUCAUUGACCUUGCGCCUUUGAGUGACGAGGCGAAGCAGCAUCUUAAUGACCCAGAACUUGGGUCAAUGGAAACCGAAAUGAUGUACUUCUGCCAAACGUUUGAGGCGCGAAAAGGGUUCAAUGCGGGUUACGCCCGAGCCAUUGGGGGUUCCUUCAAGGCGAUCGGAUUGGGGGAUAUGGACGCCGCCGAUGCCCAACUCGAAGCGUUUGUCUCGACCUGCGACUCAGAGAGCACUCUCAAAACAAGGGAGGUGCUCGACUACAUGAUCCCGACCCUAGCACAACUUGAUCGGGUGGAUGAAAUGAGACAGGCUCUUCCACAUUAUCUUUCAGACUGGUUCGUUAGAGGCGGGGUAGAGGACAUUCGUCUGGUCUGCGAUCGUAAAGGAGUCACCAGUGAUGUUCGGGAACACGCGAUCAAAGUUCAUAGGGAUACUGCCGAGCAGGACAUAUCCAUGUGCUUCAUGGCCCAGGCUUGGGAUAAGGGACCUAGGAUACUGCGGAAUAUCGCCACCGUGCUCCCCGACUUUUUCUAUAAAGCAAGGACACAGCCAAAGCCAGACACCUGGCAACUGCUCACCUUCAUCGGUGCUUUUUAUGAGCGGGCUUCGAAGCUCGACAAAGCGAUCGAGAAUUAUCUAGACGGUCUACACCAGGUCGAGAAUCUGAGAACUAUGAUUCCAAACCCCGACGACCGGCGCAAAGCUUACUCGACGCAGCACACUGCAGAGUUAUUCUGCGGGCUGGCUCGAACAUCAGUCGCCCUCUCGAGGCGCACUGAUGCAAAACGUCCAGAUGAGUACCGCCUGCCGACAUCCUCUUGGCUAGAUCAGGCGCUCAUCUUCCUUGAGCGCGGCCGGGCAAGAACUUUACUCGAUAUACUACAGGCACAUGAUUCUGCAGGUGUGGAGAGCCUUCAAGCGUCGAUGGAAGAGCUAUACCGAAAUCGCCUGCUGUCAACAUUAAUCCAUUCACAGCGUAGGCCUGGGGAUGAGCAGAACCUUUUGAAGAGGGCACGGAAUGUUGCAGAGAAGCUCGGAAUAUCUGCGGAUACAUUCGAUCCGGUUGGAGAGGCUCUUAAGGGGAGGGACGAGACCAUAGCACAGAUCUUCAAAAACACCAUGUUCGUCCCAGAUGUGGAUGGAAUUCUUCGCUCAAUUCCUGCGAACGCGAUCGUCAUAGAAGUCGGCGUUUGUAUGAGUGGCACAAUUGCCCUGUGCAUCUCAUCGUCAGGCAUCCAAUCCGUGCACCAGUCUGACCUCGGAACAUUCGCAUUACGCAGACUAGUUGUUGGCUAUCUUGGAAAGAUAUUGGCCUUCCAAAAGGACCCAACGCCCCUUGAGGCGGCCAAUCUGAAGGAGGGUCUUGAUGAUAUCGCGGCUAGGAUAUCUACCCAGCUGAUUGAACCUUUUGCUGAACAUAUUCGUGGCAGCAAUACUGUCAUUUUUGUGCCUACUUCAUAUCUGAACGUCUUUCCUCUGGGUGCAUUGAUGCUAGACGGCGAGCCCCUGGCUCUAACAAAACCGUUCUACCAGGUACCGAGUUUGGCUGUUCUGCGACGGAUUUCUGAAAAGGCAGCCAAAUCCCAGCCGGGGACCACGAUUUGCGCGGUAGCAGACUGUGAUAAAGCCAACCCGAUAGUUUAUGUUGGUCCUGAAGUGGUCUCAGUCUGCAGUGCCUUUGGCGUAGAACCGGUCACGAGCGACCAGUUCCCGCAAGCCAUGAAAGCAGCUGAGCUCAUCCAUAUCGCAGCUCAUGGUACAGAAAAUUACUCCUCUCCCUGGGAAUCCACAAUCCUCGGCGACACGUUUCGUGUCCUCGACAUGGCCACAAAGGAUUGCAGCGCCUCGCUGGUGGUAUUCAGCUGCUGCCUCAGCGGCAAAGGCGAGAUCAACGCCGGUGACGACCUUGUGGGGUUCGCACAUGCUGUACUUCAAUCCGGGGCCCGGGCAUUUCUUGGGGGCUUAUGGAGAGUCUGCGACGAACUAGCCAUGCUCUUGAUGCAUCUGUUUUACAAGGUACUAUCAAGACACAGAAAUGCCCCUCCAGGCGCUGAGAUAUGUGUGGCAAACGCCUGGCACCAGGCCGUCCGAGCUUUUUACCGGCUGGACGAACGAAACGCACUUGCACUAGUUGAUGAACUGGAGAACCUCUGGCGAGCCACCAAGAACACAAGUGCCAGGCCGGACGGUGAUUAUGGCAAACUAAAGUUUCAUUUGAAUCAAUUACGGGCGAUGAUAAUGCAGGGGAAAGUGGACUUUACCUCUCCUCGCAAUUGGGCUCCCUUUGCUCUGGUUGGAUGUGGGAGUGUCAAGAUUGUGGGAUCAGCUCCAGACGCAGAAAAUAAUGGACUCGUUGACGGCCCUGGCGAAGUAUCAUAA